AGAGACCACCUAAACGCCUUGUCUUUAGAAACUAGUUCGGCCGGUCCGUGUCACAAGUUGUCUAUAGACAUGAUGUUUGAUGCCAAACUUUCAAAUGAAAAUGGCGUGAUAAACUUUGUAGUAGCUGAUGCUCAUGAGUACAGCAGCAGGAGUCUGGCCUUCAAUCUUGCGUUAGCUGUGUUGUCUCGGUCUUCAGCUUGUAUACUGUUACAUAUCAGUUUAGAAGACUUCAGUCCUGAAGGAAAGCCAAACAGUGAGCUUUCUUUUCUGUUAACACUUUGCCUAAAGUUUUGUGAGAAGACGUCACACUUGGCUCUGUUUUGGCGAGACUACACGGAAGACGACGAACAGUUGUUUGAAAACGCACAAGCAAUUGUUUGCGGAAAUCUUGCUAGCUCAACGCUGACAGUACAAUUUUACAAGAUUGUCAAUCUGACCGAAGCAAAUGAAAUCGAAAAAGAUGAUUUGUUUGAUGACCUAAAACAGAAGCUGAUCACCAAAGUGCUAGAAAUGCAGUCACUUCCUGCUAUGGAUUCUAUAAAGCAGAUAGUUUAUGCAAUGUCGUUAUUUGACAAAUCCACCCUAGCCGAAAUGAUAGACGACAUUGCUAUGCCUGUAUUGACUAGCAAAGACAUGAAUUUGCUGAGUUUAGGCACUAUUAUUCACGAGUCUUUAGAAAAGCAGUUUCAAGACCCCACAAAUGUUACGGAGCGACUUUUUCCUGCUUCGACAAUUGUUCAACGUAUUGUUGCUCAAGAAGAAAACCUUCGAAAACAUACUUCCGAGGAAGAUAGUUACGAUCAACCGAUUAUCGCUAAAUUAGAAGAAGAGUUGGUGGCGUUGAAGAGGAAAAAGAGUCAGUGCUCUACGUCAGAGAUUGUCAAAACGUUUGCCAGGAAUGUGGUUACUAACGGCACUAAAGCUAUACAAGAGUUUGCGCGACAACUGGAAGCAUGGAAGAAGCCAAAAUGCGAUCCUCUUAUUCAGCGUCGUCGAGACAUCCAAAAUGAGUAUGCAAAGAAACUUGCUUUGCGCAAGACAGCAACUUCCCAAAAUGAUAUAACAAAAGUUGAGGCAAAUGUUGCUAGUAUUAAAGAUCGUAUUCAAGAAAAUUCCAAAUUAUUAGACGCUUAUGACAUAUCAAUUGACCAUUUUUGGAGCGAGUUAAUUGUGCUUGUAGAAGUUUUAACGGAGAAUGAACGUGGUCUAUCUAUGACUCUUUUAGCAAAGGAAUGUGACUUGUCUGGCUCUCAGUUGUGCUCAGCAUACACGCAGUCUGUUAUGAGAAGUUAUCCGAUUCAGCUGUUACGUGGCAAUCCUCUACACAUGCCGAGUGAGUUUAUAUCGGAAGUUCUCAGGUCGAUCCAAGUAGAAAGCACACGUCAGCUAUUUGUAGUAUCAGUCAUAGGAGCGCAGAGUUCUGCCAAGUCGACGUUGCUAAAUUAUCUGUUUGGGUGCGGAUUUGCUACUCGAGCAGGUAGAUGUACAAAAGGCUUGUACGUGUCGUAUAUGCGGACGGACGACUUGGAUCUACUAGUUCUCGAUUCAGAAGGUCUGAUGUCUGUAGAAUCGGGAGGACGUGACUUUGACAACCAAGUAACGCUUAUGGCAAUGGCAUGCUCUCACAUAGUUAUCAUUAAUCACAAAGGAGAUUUGUCUAGGCAAUUGCAAGAGCUACUAGAAGUGGCCAUGUACGCUAUGCAUUACUUGGAGGUUACCAGAUGGAGACCCGACGUUCUCUUUGUACUCAGAGAUCACGUAGAACGCGAUUACGAAGCGAUUCAUCGUCAACUGGCAAGCAUGCGUCAAAGUCUAAAUGAAAAUGCAGGCAAGCUAAACUUUGACGUCAAUAGUUUGCUAAAGUUAGAAACAGACUCUCUCUUUCUGCUGCCCCCAGCAUUUGCUAAUGAAGUGUACGGUGGCCAAGAAGUAAAACUUCCCACGGUGCUUUUUUCUAACGACGUAUUUGCAUUGCGUCAGAAGAUGUUCAAGGAAUAUCGGAACAGAUUAAGCUAUCCAGAUGAUCAUGUCGGCGACUUGAUAUCACUGGAAGAAUGGCUUGUGCACGCUCGAUCAGUCUGGAAAAACAUAGUUUCCUUUGGAAGGAGCUUUAUUCAUUUUGAGAAUUUGCAACAAGUUGAGCAACGAAGAGAAAUUGUCACAGCAUUUACUAAAAUUAGAAAUGAGGUCGUAGAGUCUGCUGAGGGCUACAAAAUGCAGUGCGAAAAAAUUUUACAAUCAAUUCUCGCCCAGUCUCAAACGCAAGAAUUGUGUAGCCGAGAAAGUUUUAUUUCUGAUAAGUUUAAUGCUGAGUUGGACUUAGUUACCGCCAAAGCUAAAAGAAGAGCUCAUCAGCUACUUACUGCUGCCAUGAGAAAGCGCCCAUACGGACUACAGUGGAAGCCUGAGUUUGAAGGAAGAUUAGAAGCAGAAAUAAAUGGUGUUUGCGUCCAAUAUACGCGAGCUUGGAGUCGUCGAGUAGAAAGAGCAAAAGAUGACGCAAGACUAGAUGAGAUUGAGAAGUCCCUUAUUAACAAUAUGGACAGGCUAUUUGAGGAAAGAGGUGGCACAGAAGCAAUGACUGCAGAAGAACUACAAACAAUGUUUGAUAGCAUUUGGGAUGAUCACGUCAGACAAGCAAAGCAAAAACUGGAGAAAAAUGCGACUCCUCCCGAAACUCAAAAGGCUACCGUUAUUACCUGUUUCAUGAAACAGAUUAAAUGUAAUGAAUUUUCUGACGAUAUCUCUCGCCUGCUCAUGAAUCAUUCUGGACAUAUUCUAGCUAAAGACAAGUUGUUGAUUAUGCAAACAGUAGAUAAAUAUCGAGAGUACGUAAAGCAUACAAACGCAUGGAGAGUGAAACACAAAAUGAGUCACAUGAUUACUAGAAGUGAGUCUUACUACUCCUACAAAGCCGAAAAGAAAUUUGAAGCAGCGGUAUACCUCAAAGAGCAAGUAGUCACAUAUUUUCAUAACCUGCAGAAAGAAUUCAAGCAAGAAUCAGAAAUAAUGGAAGACUCAAGAUUAUGCUCGCUUAUGAAGCAAGCCAACGCGGCGAUAACAUUUAUGAGUCGACAACUAGUAUCUCGGUUUGAUGUAAAUUUGCAACUUGCUCCUUUUGCCAGCGACUUUUACGAUGUUAUUCGGUUUGAAGCAUACUCAGCACUCGAGCGAAUACAGCAACAGCAAGUGGAAGAAAAAUUGAAAGAACUUCGAGAUCGCAAGGAACAAAUUGGUCAUAGAGCUAUGACAAGACUUCACGGCCAACACAGUGAUAUUGCUAAAGCAUGGUCGGUUGUAGAGAGCAUUUACGGCUGUUUGAUUGACUGGUCACGAAACGAAACAUUAAAUUUUUCUCUUCGAGCAGAGCAAGACAUUAAGACUCAGAUGCCAGAUGCUAGUACUGCUGCACUUAGAGCAUUUGAGUCUAGUUUUGAAGAAGAGGACUGGGAAGCAGUUUUUGAGUAUUCAGUUGAUGCGAACAAGUACUUAGAAAAACUGUUCAACAAACGUUUUCAAAAGCUAGAAAAAGCCAUUAUUUUGGAUGAUUUGGCGAAAAUAAAACAAUACAUGACAGAGAGACUGGAAUCAUUGAAAUCUAUCAUUGCUAAAUGGGCAAAAAAGGAGAAGAAAGAUUUCACAACUCAAGGCUUGGUUCAUUUUGCAAACAAAGAAAUUUAUAAAGAAGGUGACAAGAGGAAGAGAUUCAAGCUGACUGUUGUAGGUCUUACAUAUGAACUGGAUGUAGUGAGUAGAAUUCCAACUGACAUACAGAUUGCUGAUCCACAGUCAUUUGCUAAAUCUGUAGUAAAUGGCAUCGAGAAGAAGGUGAAGAUGAGUAGACUAAAUGAAAUGGUCGAUGAACUGUUUAGAAGAGAUUUAAGAAAUGCUAAUGAAAAUUUGUGGAAAACAGUCAGAGGUUGUCCAGAAGUUUGUCCUUUUUGCAACUCAAAGUGUGAUCAAGACGAGAACCAUUUACAAUUUGGUCACAAGCAUCAAUGCAGCAUUCAUCUGCUUCCCGCGUUUCAUGGCAGCCGUUUUGUUGAUGACCACAGCCCUCUACUUGAUUGCUGUACUUCCAAUGGUGUGAGAAAAAGAAAGUGGAAACGUAGAGACGACACUGAGAAAGUUUUGAGGUCAUUUGACAAACAUGUAAAGCACCAUUUUCCGAAUUGGGACAUACCAUUUUCCAAACAAUCUCUUGGCGUAGAAUCGAGGUUGAGAAGAGCGUGGGUGAACUGCCGCAAGAGGUUGACCAAGCACUAUGGCAUGAAAGAUGAAACUCCUUUAAAAUGGAUUGAACUUUACCAGCAGAAAAAUGCUCUGACAUAACGACAGAUCUAUCUUACUAUCACUUAGCGCUUUAAGGGUAACAUUUAUCAGCACUUUUUUCAUAGUAUUGUAGCAAUUUUUCAUGGCACUGUAGCAAUAUUUAGGGGUGAUAUUUAUCAGUAUUCUUUCCUGAUACUGUAGAAAUAUUAGGGGUAACAUUUAUCAGUAUUUUUUCAUGGUACUGUAGCAAUAUUUAGUGGUAACAUUUGGCAGUAUCCUUUCAAGGUAUUCUAGCAAUAUGUAGAAGAAAAAUUUAUUAGUGCAAUUUUGAGGUAUUUGUAUCAAUAUUUAGGGGAAGCAUAUAUCAGUGUUCUUUCAGGGUGCUGUAGAAGAACAUGU